AUGGGUUGUUUUCUUCAGUGUUUUGGUUUAUCCACUAAAAGAAAACGCAGAAAGACUCUCUACAAAGUCCUAGCUAGAGAAGACCAAAAAUAUGGAAACUAUGAAGUUCUUGCUAUAACAGAAAAAGCAAUUAUCCCUUAUUCUGAAUCCAGAGGUAGAGAUCAAGAGAAGGAGAAGAGUGGUGUUAAAGCCAAGAAGAAGAAAGUUAGCUUUAAUUUGAAUUUACAGAUAUAUGAGGCAAACCCUAGUUCUUAUCAGGUGUUGGAGAAUGAGGAAGAGGAAAAUAAGGAGGCCAUCUUGGGAGAUGGAUCUGAAGUGUUGAUGAUUCGAUACCCAUCGAAUCAUAGGUAUUAUAACUGUAGUUAUGAUCAGGAUGAAGAGGAUGAGAUGGUAUAUGAGGAGUCUGAUAUUGAUGAUGAGUUUGAUGAAGAGUGUGAUUGGGAUGAUGAGGGCUAUGAAAGUUGCGAGGAUUAUAGGGUUGACGAAGUAUGUGAUGAAAAUGGAAUGAAGAACCAGAAGGUGAUUUCUUCAAAGGAUGCUGAGGUGAAAUUGAAUUUGAAUGGACGAGAGAGGAGCAUAAGCAUGAAUUCUGUUCUGCUUCCGGUGGAGAAUUUAACUCAGUGGAAAGCAAUCAAAGCAAAAGUUAUAUCGAGUAAAAACAGGAGAAAGGAAAAUGUUCCAUCGGAGGAAGAUACAAGCAUGCUGCCUUUAGUCUCACCUUGUAUUUUGGAAUCAACUGAUCUUCAGUCGAAGCCUUUGUUGAAAGAAAUCGCGGUUGAUGCGAGUCUUUCAAACUGGCUGGUUUCUCCUAACUAUAAUGUUUCCAGUACAAUUCGUUGUCAAUGA